AUGUCAACUGUAUUUGGAAAGGGAUAAUAAGGUUAAAAUGAAAUGACAACACAAAGGAGAAAAAAUGAAGCCAAUCUGAGAUUGACUCUACAAUACUACUCUAAAUAUGGAAAAUUGACUGAAGAUCAUUCAUUAGAAUAGAUUGCUCCAGGUUUGGCCAGUUUGGAAUUCAUGAAACGUAAUUGUCCUGAAAGAACGAAGCUUGAAGAGUUUUGUAUACAAUCAGGACAAUACUUUGAAUUUGAACAGUACAAAUAGGGAGACAUCAUAUUUCACUAUGGGGACAUAGGCGAUAAGGUUUAUGUUAUUCUCAAAGGGGAAGUUGCAGUACUGGUACCAAGAGCUGAGAGUGAAAUAGAAGCAGAGAGAGAAGAGAUAGGUUAAGCCAAAUUACCUUUUGAUUUUGAAAUGUUUUGGAGAAAUAAGAAACCUUCAAAAUAAAUUUAGAUAGAAGCACAAUUAGCAUAGUAGAACUCAAAUUUGUAUUUCAAAGAUAAUGUAUGUAUGUUUAAGAAGGUGUUCCAGUUUUACUCUGGAUAAUCAUUCGGAGAUGUAGCUCUAAUUUCAGAUAAACCAAGGACUGCUAGUAUCUUAGUCACAUCUGAUCAAAUCUAUCUGAUUAGCAUGUGUAAAAAGGAUUUUAAGAUCUCAUGCGAGAAAUCAGUUCUGGAGAUGAAUUAGACUCUAGAUUACUUUGUUACAGUAUUUCCUUGUAUAGGGAAAAUGUAAAUAUCUAAAUUCAUACAAUUUUUUCACAAAACUGACUUCUCUCCCUAAUAAUGGUUAUGGAAGGAAGGAGAACAAGUUAAAUUUUUUAUAUUGAUUCUAAAAGGAAGGGUUGAAAUUAAAUAAUAAUAAUUGCCCUUAUACUAAGUUUCUGACAAUUCUUUUAUUGGUCAUGAGGAGAUCCUAGAGGGCCUGACUACGAGACAAUAUGGGUGCAAAAUAUUGGACAAUACAAUAGCAUAUUUAAUGGAUUAUGAAGAUUUCAACAUUGCCAGAAAAAAUGCUCCAGAAAUUGUUAAAGUAUUAAUAGAAAAGGCAAAGUUGAUGACUUCUUAUCUUGAAAGAAGAAAAGAGGAAGUGAAGAAAGGACAGGCUAAUGUGUAACCACUGUACUAACCAGUUGAAAGAAGGCUGAUUUAGGACAUGUUUGUCAUUAAGUCUCCUCGGAAUAACGAGGUUAGAUCGAAUCAACCUAAAUACUUAAGUUAUUUUGACAUAACGAAGUUUAAUAAAAAGAAAGCCUAGCCGAAUUCUAUUAAUUAAUAGUAGUCUAUCUCAGAGGACUUAUAUUUCUCAAAAGAAAAGAACGUAAAAACUACUCGAUCUCCUUCGUAUUACACUUAAAGAGUUUCACCCAUGAAUAAAUAGAUGAAAGAGAUUCUGAUGAAGAAGUUUAAGUUGAAUGUUAGAUUUAAUGCUAUGAAGUCUCUUAAAAUUAGUUCUUGUAAGUCUGCUUAUGAUUUGAGGAACAAGGAUCGAUUUAAAACAGAUGCAAGCAUUGAUAAUUGA